AUGGAGAACACGUGCUUUAGGGACCCUAUAUGGCUGCAGCAGAACAUGCUCACUGCGGAGACGGUUUUGGAGUACUUCUCGUGCUCGCAGUUCUACGACAAAAACUGCAACAAUGAGGUGCUUAAAAUGCAAACCAUGCACGGGCCGCUGUCUGGGGCAGACGCUUUCUUGAAGAAGAUGUGCGGAAUACAAUAUGCUGUCCACUCUUCCGAGGACCCCGCCCUCUUUGUGAUCAAGAAGUAUGAGAGGACUUCUCCGGACAAUAUCACGGUGCAGGACUACUUCUACGUGAUGCACGGAACCAUUUACCAGGCGCCAACCGAGAGAGAGGUGUCUAGGACGCGGUACACAAACAUUAUAUUUUCCAUGAUGGGCUCGCUGGACGGCCUUCCCUUCCAGAAGCCCACGCAGAGCUUUGUGGAGUCGCACCGAAUAGAAAAAAAGAAAAGCACGUCGGCCACCAGAAAGGCAGGGCUGUUCAACUCGUACUACACAGACUACCUAAGAAAGUGA